GCUAGCCAGCCAACUGGUGACAGAACUCCGGAACGGAAAAGCACUCGUUGUGUGUCUGGUUCAGUUGUGUACAAUGAUUGAAGUUUUGUGGCUGAUAAUUUCGUUAGCAACCGUGAUCCUAGUUUGUCGAACCUGGCAGAGAAAGGUGUGCUUUGCGAAAACAAUUCCUCGCGUUGAACCAUACUAUCCCAUACUCGGGAAUCUACCGUUGGCACUGGGAAAAGGUUCCGAUGAAAUGUUUGAUGUGUUACAUGAAUGUUUUCGGAAACACGAUCGCUUAUUUACGGUGUAUUUUGGACCCCUAGUUGCCAUUGGAGUAACGCAUCCCGAAUUGAUACAACGUGUGUUGAAUCAUCCCGAUUGCCAGGAAAAACCCGAUGUGUAUAAAGUUGUUCGAUUACCUAAAGGACUGUUGGCGGCACGAUAUGAAACAUGGAAAGUUCAUCGGAAAACACUGAACUCCACAUUCAACAUUCGUAUCCUGCAUAGCUUUAUACCAAUCUUCAACGAUUGCGCCAAGCGAUUAAUUGAUCGUCUCAGUCGGCAGGCGGAGUCUGGUAAAACAUGCAACAUUCUGGAGUACAUUUCUGAGUGUACCCUAGAUAUGAUCAGCAGAACCUCUUUGGGUGGUAAAGCACUGGAAAGGGACGGAAGACAGGAUUUUAUCAAUAAUUUGGAAGUUGCUCUCACAACCCUUGGAAAACGAAUUUUCAACGUUCUGCUGCACAACGAUUUCAUUUAUCAGUUCACCGAGCUGUACCGUAAUGAAAUGAAAGCUAUCAGCGUUUGUCAUCACUUCACCGAUAAGAUCAUUGCUGAAAAGCGCGCCGAACUCGGCCCCCUCGGGAAGAUGGAUGAGAAUGGGAACGUAAUUGGAAAAAGUUUUCCCCACCAGGAACCGGAGGAGGCAGAGCUCUAUCGUCGGCCGCAAAUUUUUAUCGAUCAGUUGAUGAAGAUGCCGUUGACCAAUGGUGGCAUGUACAGUUUCACCGACCAAGAAAUUUCGGACCAUAUUUACACUAUGAUUGUGGCGGGCAACGAAACUUCCGCCACACAGUUAUCCCACACCUGUUUACUGUUGGCGUUACAUCCUGAUAUACAAGAAAAAGCUUUCCGAGAAGUGCAAAAAGUAAUUACGUCAAGCGAUAUGGUAAUGGACAUGGAUGUUUUGAAACAGUUGGUCUAUGUUGAAGCAGUGCUAAAAGAGGCGAUGCGGCUUAUGCCAGUUGCUCCGAUUAUAGCGCGGGAAAACCUGUAUGAUUUGGAACUGGAUGGACACAAAAUUCCCAAGGGAACACUAUUGUUAAUAAACUUUUACUCGCUACAUCGAAGAAUGGACAUCUGGGGCUCCCGGGCCGAUCAGUUUGAUCCAGAGCAUUUCAUGGGAGAGCAGGUAAAGAAGCGGCAUGCCUACGCGCAUCUUCCUUUCAGCGGAGGACCACGUGGUUGUAUCGGGUAUAGGUAUGCUCUUAUGAGCUUGAAAAUGUUACUCGCAAUGAUAUUGAAAAAUUUUCGUCUCACCACCGAUAUAAAGUACAAAGACAUUAAAUAUCACUACCAAAUUUCGCUGAAUCUAGCUUUUCCCCAUGCUGUACAAUUAGUGAAAAGAUAAUAAGGGACGAUUGGAUUGCUAGUGUAGCAUAAAAUACAUCGAAAUAUACUGCAAUGUCUCUCUCUCUAUAUUCUAGUAAUUCAAUAUAA